AUGCAGAUCAAGAACACCAUUGUCCUUUUGACGGCUCUCCUGGCCGGCAGCGCUACAGCGCGUCUACAUGGCCAUGAGCGUCGCAGCCACCACGAAAAACGUGAGGUUGCUGCUACUGCCACUGCCGAAAGCACUGCUACUACCACCAGCUCGGGCUUCGGAGGCGUCACCUCGCCCUCCGGUACUGGGGACACGUACUGUGGUAAUGUUGGUAUCCCCUACGGCUCCAACAUCAUUGAGAUCACCGAGGACGAGCUGGACUCGUACAACUGGACUGUCACUCUAGAUGGAUCUUUCAUCCUACAGGAAUACACGGCUUACUUCUGGAACAACUGCAAUGAAGAGGGCGAGCUCGCCGGCUUCUUCGAUACCACUUUCCCCUUGACCGUCACCAUUGGUGUCGGUGAAAAAUCUUAUGUCGCCAUUGAUGUCGAUUCCCAGGGUGCUUUUGUCACUUCUCCAACCUCGGUGGGCGUUCCUCGCAGCACUACUGAUGGCAUUAUCAUGGGUUUCUGGGGUGAAUUCAACAUUGAUACUACUAUCAACGACGGCUGGAGCGGCUUUGAUGUCUCUGCUCUGGUAGCCUUGGACAAUGGCAAAACCGACUACCCUGGUCUAGCGCUGACUGGUGACGGCCAGACUUCCUACAUCACCAAUAGUCUCGGAAGUGCCUACAAUGCUUACAGCGAAACCAGUGAGGCCAGCACCGGCGGUAUUGGCGGCAAUGUUGUGCCUGGCAAGCUUGCUCUUACCGCCUAUAUGGCCUAUAACGGUCAAAGCAUCUGA